UAAGCUUUAUUUUGCGAUCAGCUGGCUAGCUAUGCGGCACCAGUAUUCUGCUUGGUUGCCGUCAUGCUACCGUGCUGAGCCCUGCUGCGCAGGCAACUGCGACUGCUGCUUUGGUUUGUACUACGGCUGAUGCUCGAUCUGCUGCGAAUAGUCCUUUGGGCCCAACGCUCGUCCAAGUCGGACCCCGAGAAGAACUUCGUCUAUCUGACCAUCAGCGUUCCCGAUGUUCCCGCGUCCAACAUCAAGCUGGACCUCAAGCCCGAGGGCCUCACCUUCGAGGGCCGCUCCGACUCGCUGAAGCGCUCCUACCACCUGGAGCUGUCCUUCUACGACAAGAUCGACCCCGAUCACUCCAAGAUCAACCACACCUCACGCAACGUCGAGAUGAGACUGCGCAAGCAGGACCUCAAGGAGGAGUACUGGCCCCGCCUGUUGAAGGAAGCCAAAAAACUGCAGUUCCUUAAGACCGACUUCGACAAGUGGGUCGACGAGGACGAACAGAACGAGGUUCCCGAGGAGGACAUGUCCCAAUUUGGUGGUAUGGGAGGCAUGCCAGGUAUGGAUACUUGAAGUGCACCCUUCAGGUCCAACUCUAGGACAUCUAGUUGUUGAUGUUUUGGGAACAAUACUGACGAUGCUGAUUCUAGGUGGCGGCGACUUCGGAGGCAUUGACUUCUCCAAGCUUGGUGGCGCUGCACCGAUGGGCGGCGAUGAUGAGGAGGAAGAGGAGGACGAUGACGACAUGCCUGCUCUCGAGGGUGAUAAUGCGGCUGAUGCGACUGAUGCGAAGGACAGCAAGACGCCCGCCGCGGCCUAAACAAACCCCGUCGAAAUAC